AUGGAGACGGACGGACGGACGGACGGACACACACACCCUCCGUUCCAUGAUCUCCGCUUGCCGAGGCCUGGGUUACUCACCCGCUUCUCACGGCCACCCUUGACCGCCUUAAACGCGACCCGUCGGCGGCCUGGAUAUUCCUCCGAGCGGCCCUUCGUGCUUCGCCUCUUGGCUGGCCUCUCGCCUGCCUGCAUCCCUGCGAGGCGCCUGUCCGGCGCUGGAGCGGCCGAGGGGAUCCGAGUGUCCAGGCCCGCAGAGCUGGAAUUUCAUCCUGGGUGUCUGGUGACUUACACAUCAGACCUCUGGGAUGAAAUUACAGCCCAGCCUCCCCCACCCCCUGCCCGGGAGGACUCUGAGUGUCACGUCCUCAUCCUGAUGUCACGGGCCCCUCAGCCGGUGGGCCUAAUCCAGGCAUUAUUCUCGGUGUUGGCCCAAGUGUUGUGUUUCCUGGAACUCAGCUGGUACCUGCCCUUCCUGGUUUUCUCCUUGGUGCUGGGGUGGAUAAAUGUCCUCUACUAUACCCGUGGCUUCCAGCAAACAGGCAUCUACAGUGUCAUGAUACAGAAGGUCAUCCUCCGAGAUCUUCUCCGAUUCCUCUUGGUCUAUUUCGUCUUCCUGUUUGGCUUUGCCAUAGCUCUGGUGAGCCUGACCAGGGAAGGCCCCCUGCCCGCCUUCUUCAACCAGACGGCGGCGGAGGAAGCCAAGGUCCCCUACGACGGCUUCGUGGAGGCCUCCCUGGAGCUCUUCAAGUUCACCAUCGGCAUGGGCGAGCUGGAGUUCCACAAGGAGCUGCAGUUCAAGGGCUUCGUCAUGUUCCUGCUGCUGGCUUACGUCCUGCUCACCUACAUCCUUCUGCUCAACAUGCUCAUCGCCCUCAUGAGCGAGACGGUCAACAGUGUGGCCACCGACAGCUGGAGCAUCUGGAAGCUGCAGAGAGCCAUCUCAGUCCUGGAGAUGGAGAGAGGCUACUGGUGGUGCAAGAGAAAGAAGGAGCGCUCGGGCAUUCUCCUCACAGUGGGCACCACUCCGGACCAGAAGCCAGAUGAGAGAUGGUGCUUCAGAGUAGAGGAGGUGAACUGGGCCACCUGGGAGAAGGAGUUACAGACCCUGAAGGAAGAGCCAGAGGGCACCUCUGAGCCAGGGAAGAGCCCCACAGGUGCAGCUUGGAGGCGGCUGCUGUCAUCUCGGCCCCGAGGGGAGACGACCUCUGAGGACCAAGUGCCCCUCCGGCAUUUGAGCGCCUGAGUGAGGGAAUGGCCAGUGCAGCAGCGCCUGGCAUCAAGCAUGGAUGCCAAGGAGACCAGACGGGGAGCCAGGCUCACCCUGUGCUGACGCCCCAAGAGAGGAGAACCCCCUCUCCCCACCUUCCUGGUGCCUGACUCCAGAAGUACCUUACAUGCAGGGGACCUCGAUGGGCUUUCAUGCUCAAUUCUUCUUGUGGUUUUAGAGUAGAGCUGUGCUAGGAUGGAACCUUGCCUCUGCUACCUUGGAUAAGUCACUUCCCUUCUCUGUUUCCACCUCUGUAAAAGGCAGAUUGAGCCAUUUGACCUCUAAGCCCUGUUCUGACUUUAAAUCUGGGAUCUGUGAGGCAGCUAGGGUGUUGGUUGGAGCUGGGAAGACCUGAGUUUGAAUCCUGCCUCAGGUACUUGAUGGUUAUGUGACUGUGGAGAAGACACUUAAUUUAACUGAGCCUUCAUGUCCUUAUCUGUAAAAUGGGGACAAUUAUAGCACCUACCUCACUUGGUUGUUGUGAAGGACAAAUGAGAUAAUGUACAUAAGGAGCUUCGGCAACCUUAAAAGCCCUCUAGAGAUGCUAGCUUUUAUUGGGCUUGUUAUUAGUGUUAUU